CUCUGGCUGGAGCAGCAACAUAUAGAUCCAUUUUCAAAAAUGAGUGGACCUCUUCAUGGCCAUUUAUUACGAGAGGGACCCUCAUCACACACUACUGGUGUGCAGUGUGCCGAAUUGAAAACUCCUGUUGCCACCAGGGUGUGACAGAUGUAGUGCGCCACAUAAAAACCAAAGGCCACCAAGAAAAGCAACGGGCUCUCCAGUCCUCAGCCACAAUAUCACAAUAUGCAAUGCCCAUUCCCUCUGUUGGGGGCAUGUCUGCACAAGAUGCUAAGGUAUGAUAUGUGUAAUGGUCCUGUCAAGGUUCAGUCAAGAGUUGUGUGUUAUAGUUGAUCACGGUAAAGUCAUCAUGGUUGAUAGUUCUGACUAAUUUGUGUUUUGUAGUGUAGUACAGUAGAAUUUUCUUAAUUUGAGAUCUUAGUUGCUGAAUGUGUUUUUUACCUGUGGCCAAUUAUUGCAGGUGAUUUGAAAUAAAUGAUGGUCUUUUGGGUUAGGGCUAAUCAUUUUUAAUUUCUUACAGACAAGAAGAGCUGAGGUCAAAAUGACAGCUGGGUUGGUAGUUCACAACAUCCCCCUAGCCUUUGCGGACCACCUAGGGCCUCUCCUAAAAGAAUGUUUCGGAGAUUCGAAGACAGCACAGGAGUACAGGUGUGCUAGGACAAAGUCAUCCUGCAUUACCAAUGAAGCAAUAGCGCCAUAUUUCACACAGGAGCUUGUGAAGGAGAUGAAAAAAGCCCCCUAUACCCUUGUUACAGAUGGGUCAAAUGACACUGGAGUGGCAAAGAUGAACCCGCUUACUGUCCGGGUCUUCAUGGGCAGAAAAGUUGUCCACCAGUUCUUGAAUAUGUGCACAACAACUGGGACGAGAUGUGGGACAGCAAGUGAGAUCUUCACCAAAAUGAACGCCGCCUUAGAGGAGCAUGACAUCCCUUGGGAGAACUGCAUUGGUCUCUCAGUCGAUAAUGCAGCUGUGAACGUUGGAUCACGUAAUUCCAUUGCCUCUAGGGUCCUCCAAAAGCAUCCCAACACCUAUAUUCAUGGUUGUCCUUGUCAUGUGGCACAUAACACCGCCAAAGCUGCAGGAGUGGGAUUUUUUAAAGUGUCCCAUUUUGAUUUGGAGGACAUGAUAGUGGACAUCGGUUACUGGUUCAAGGGUAGCACAAAUCGGAAAGGAUACCUGAGAGAGUUUUGUGAGCUCCAUGAAGCGGAGUACAUGGAGGUCCUCCUCCAUGUCUCGGUUCGUUGGCUAAGCCUUGAACGCUGUGUGACCAGGAUCCUGAGGCUUUAUGAACCUCUGGCCAGCUACUUCAAAUCUGCUGAUGAAAACCAGGCCAGGUUCAAGAGGCUUGUGCAGACGUUCACUGACCCCAUGACAGAAGUGUACCUGCUGUUCUUUCAAGCCACCGUUCCAACUUUCACUACUUUCAACUUGCUUCUACAAAGAGAGCGGUCAUCAAUAUUUAUGUUGUAUGAUGAGAUGGAGAAAUUUGUACGCAAGCUUUGUUCAAAGUUCAUUGUUCCAGCAGCUCUGCAGGGCCUUGAGGAGCCUGGUGACAUUGCCUUUGGGGAGACGGCAAACCAUUUGCCAGGAAGAAAGUUGAACAUUGGGUUCACAACCAGGGCUAAACUCAACAGGCUACUUGACGAGGGUGACAUCACACCACAGCAGGUGGAUUCAUUCCAUGAAGCUGUGUUAUGUUUCCUGACAAGUGCUUUGGCCUAUGCACUAAAGAAGCUGCCACUGAAAGAGCCACUGCUCAAACAUUCAAAAUUUGUAGACGUACGGCAGAGGGCUGAAAGUGACAUCGGAGAUGUCCUGUACUUUGUUGAAAGGUUUCCCCAUCUCCUCCCAUACCGUGGUCCAGAGGAGCAUGACCUUCUGGGUGAGGAGUUUCUAAGUUAUCAGACCAUGCCAAUGAUAUCCCUGCAGGAUGAAACUGAAAUGGAAAGCUUCUGGGCUGAAAUGGCAACCCGGAAACAUAAGGUGACAGGAGCCAACGAAUUUCAGAGGCUUGCUGCCGUUGCCAAGCUGGUCCUGGUGUUGCCCCAUUCCAACGCAGACGCUGAGAGGGUGUUUUCAGUUGUGGGACUGAACAAAACCAAGACCAGAAACAGCCUAGCACUGGAUGGCACCCUGUCCUCAAUAAUGACCAUAAAGAUGGCCGACCUGGAGCCCUGUUUCAAAUGGGAGCCCCCCUCAGAUGUCCUCAAGGCCUCCAAGAAGGCCACAGGCCAGUAUAACCGUGCCCACAGAUCAUAGACGAGGACUAGCUUCUGAUCUGCAUCUGAUACGGAUGACUUCAUUUUUUGUUAUUUUUGUAAUGCAUUCAUCUUUUAUUGCUUGAAAAAGUUGUACUGUUUGAGCACUGUUUCUAAUGGACCAUGUGGUGGGAGGCUUUGAAUGAAGAAUAAUUUAUCUCCCUAACUAAUCUUGUCGUUUUUGGCUGAACAUAAAUCAUUAAGUGCUCUUAAGAAUACAAUUAUUCACAACAUAGGUUAGGUUUCAGUUCAGAAUUUGUUUAAUACCAUUGUUGUGGUCAAAAUAUCAAUCAACCUACCUAGGUCAAAUCUUACACUGGUCUAUGAAUAAGGCUAUAUUGUGACACAUAGGCAGUCAUUUAGGCACAACAAUAGUUUUCUGGUUUAAUGUCCAACUCCAGACUAGGCCCUACAAGUCCUGAUGCCAAACAUGAAUCAGAAUAAGUUCAGGUAUUGCACAUCUUUAGCAGACCACCCAAAAAUCCACUAUAAUGAAGGAAAUCACAUCUACUUGAUCCAAAAUUUCCUGGGGAUGGACCUUCAGCUAUGUCUUUGCUUCACAUAAUGUAGCCAAUAUUGCCCAUCUCCAGUGAGCCGCCCCUAUCAUUGGCUUGGGGCCUACCCACAAACCACCAAAAUGCAGGGUACAACAUGGGUUCAACAUCCAAUUAAAUAAAAUUCUCUCAAAUCUGAGCCUGCGUUGUCAGGGGUACCCCCGACAAAAUCUCACUCCAAGGUUUUUUGAAAAGUUGGCAGC